UCUCACAAUUCUCCACAAAAAAAUCUCAAUUGGCUUGAGACUGUUCGCUAUGUACGGACGUGAUCCUUGGGGUGGACCUCUGGAGAUCAAUGCGGCGGACACCCUCAUCGACGACGAUCGUCGUAGCCGAAACCUACAAGACCUCGACCGUGCGGGUCUGUCACGGCCUCUCGACGAAACACAACAGAGCUGGCUACUCGGACCCAAGGAGCUGAAGAAGAAGAAGUACGUUGAUCUCGGAUGUAUCUUAGUCAGCCGCAAGAUCUUUCUUUGGACUCUUGGUAUCGUUGUAGCCACCGCGUUUCUCUCUGGAUUCAUUACUUUGAUCGUUAGAACUGUGCCACACCACAAGCACAAGCCACCAUCACCGGAUAAUUACACACUCGCUCUCCGCCAAGCUCUCAAUUUUUUCAACGCUCAACAAUCUGGGAAACUUCCAAAGAAAAAUAUUAAUAACGUAACGUGGAGGGGUGAUUCUUGUCUGCAAGAUGGGAAGGGAGAUCAAGGACAAAGCUACACAGAUUUGGUAGGAGGCUACUAUGAUGCUGGUGAUGCUAUCAAAUUCAACUUCCCCAUGUCUUACGCCAUGACCAUGUUGAGCUGGAGUGUAAUUGAAUACAGCACAAAGUAUGAAGCUGCUGGCGAGCUCAACCAUGUUAAAGAACUCAUCAAAUGGGGAACUGACUACUUUCUCAAGACCUUUAAUAGUACUGCUGAUACAAUCAAUGUUAUGGUGGAACAGGUCGGAUAUGGAAGUCCCGGUGGAGGAGAUGAAUUGCAUAAUGACCAUUACUGCUGGAUGCGUCCUGAGGACAUUCAUUAUAAAAGGACUGUAUCUCAAUGCUACAGUGGCUGCUCUGAUCUUGCUGCAGAGAUGGCAGCUGCUCUGGCUUCUGCGUCUAUUGUAUUUAAGGACAACAGAUUGUAUUCGGAAAAGCUUGUUCUUGGUGCUAAGACGCUCUAUAAAUUUGCAACUUUUAUCAAAGCUAGAUACAGUAAACCUGGUAGAGAUUCUAGCAACUUCUAUAACUCUACCCUGUUUUGGGAUGAACUUAUAUGGGGUGGGGCUUGGUUGUAUUACGCUACUGGAAAUGUAACCUAUCUUAGUGACGUUACCACUCACACUAUUGCCAAUCAUGCUGGUGCCUUUGGGAAUAGUUCUUAUUAUGGCGUAUUUAGCUGGGACAACAAGCUCCCAGGGGCUCAGUUGCUUUUAACCCGGAUGAGGCUGUUUCUGAGCCCUGGAUAUCCCUACGAAGACAUUUUAAGCGCAUUUCAUAACCACACAGGCCGAGUUAUGUGCUCUUACUUACCUGAUUUCACCAAAUUUAAGAGAACCAAAGGAGGUUUGAUCAAGUUGAACCAUGGAGAUCCACAGCCUCUGCAGUAUGCUGCAAAUGCAGCUUUCUUAGCGGCACUAUACAGUGAUUAUCUAGUGGCUGCUGACACUCCUGGAUGGUACUGUGGCCCUAACUUCUAUACUACUGAAUACCUACGCGACUUUUCAAGAUCGCAGAUUGAUUACAUACUUGGUAAAAACCCUCGUAAGAUGAGUUAUGUUGUGGGUUAUGGCCAACGGUACCCGAAACAUGUGCAUCACAGAGGAGCUUCAAUUCCAAGGAACAAGAAAGAGAGCUGCACAGGAGGAUGGAAAUGGAAAAAGAGCAAAGACGCUAACCCAAACAUUAUUUAUGGAGCAAUGGUUGCUGGACCAGACAAAAAUGAUGGGUUCCACGACGUUCGUACAAACUACAACUACACAGAGCCAACGCUAGCAGGCAAUGCGGGUCUAGUCGCCGCUCUAGUGGCUUUAUCCGGAGGAAUAGCUGUUGGGGGUAUUGACAAAAACACUAUGUUCUCUGCCGUACCUCCAUUGUACCCAGCCACACCGCCGCCCCCAGCACCUUGGACACCUUAAGCAAAUCAAAAUUAUUGAAUGUAAUGAGUCCUCUUUUUGUCUGAAUAAAAUUAGUAUUCUUCAGCUUAUUACAUAAAAUGUGGUCUGAGAAACCAAACAUUAAUUGUUCCUCUGGGUUUUGUGAGGUAUACAGUGUAUAUAUUCUUUGUUUUCAAACUUAUAAGUAGUUGCGUGAAACAGAAGAAAGGUUUUGUGCUUUA